CAGUAUGGGUUAGCACCCCAGCCUGUGUCUUUCGUGAGAGAGAACCCAAACAAGCUACGGAAAGCCCUACAGAAAGAUACCCCCAGGAGAUCCCGAGAGGGGGGGAGGAUGAGAUCUCCAUCCGGACGGACCUAAGGUUAAGAACUCAUGCAAACGGACAAACGACAAACGUGAUAUGUAUUUGCGGAAAGCUGUGCAAGAAUCAUCGAGGCCUAAAAAUCCAUCAGGCCAGAAUGAAAUGCUUGGAGCGGGAAAGUGAGGUGCAACGCACAGGUCUUGAACCUGGUGAGACGCAGGAGGAGCCCGGCCAGGAGGCAACCCACAGAGCCCAGUCCCUCCACGUACCAAAGCCUCCCAACCCCAGCAGAGUAGUUCUGCAGCAGCGGAUUAAGUGGCCCCCAGCCAAAAAACUGAGUGAGUGGCGCCAGUUUGAUGAGGAUGUGUCCAACAUCAUCCAAGCCGCAGCCAAAGGAGAUGCUGAGAGCCGACUCCAAACGAUGACUACCAUCAUAGUUAGCUAUGCUUCAGAGAGAUUUGGCCACAUAGAGAAAGGACAGACCAAGCAUACCCCCUACACCAGGAACCGCAGGGCUACUAAGAUACAUCACCUGCGUCAGGAGCUGCGCACCCUCAAGAAACACCACAAGAAAGCUACUGAGGAGGAAAAACAAUCAUUAUCAGAGCUGAAAAACAUCCUGCGAAAGCAGCUGACGAGCCUACGCAGAGCUGAGUGGCACCGGAGACGGGGUAGAGAGAGAGCCAGGAAGCGUGCAGCCUUCAUCGCCAAUCCCUUCGGCUUCACAAAGAAACUGCUUGGGGACAAGCGCAGUGGUCAGCUUGAGUGCUCAACAGAGGAAGUGAACCAAUUCCUCCAGGACACAUUGAGUGAUCCCCUGAGAGAGCAAGAACUGGAGCCCAACAAAGCUCUAAUUAAGCCAGCCCCACCUACAAUUGAGUUCAAUCUGAAGGAGCCAAGCCUGAAGGAGGUUGAGGAGAUCAUCAAGGCAGCUCGCUCGGCAUCUACCCCAGGCCCCAGUGGUGUACCUUACGUAGCAUAUAAACGCUGUCCACAACUUCUCAGACACCUGUGGAAGAUCCUAAGGGUGAUUUGGCGGAGAGGAAGAGUUCCUGACCAGUGGAGGUGGGCUGAGGGAGUGUGGAUCCCCAAAGAGGAGAACUUGAAAAACAUCAACCAGUUUCGAACCAUUUCGUUGCUGAGUGUUGAAGGGAAGGUGUUUUUCAGCAUCGUUUCACGCAGACUGACAGAGUUCCUCCUCAAAAAUGACUACAUCGACCCUUCGGUGCAGAAGGGGGGGAUUCCUGGAGCACCCGGCUGCUUGGAGCAUACUGGUGUAGUUACACAACUCAUCAGAGAGGCACAUGAGAACAAAGGUGACCUAGCUGUUUUGUGGUUGGACCUGGCCAAUGCCUAUGGAUCAAUUCCACACAAGCUGGUUGAGCUCGCCUUACACCUCCAUCAUGUUCCCAGUAAGAUCAAGGACCUGAUCGUGGAUUAUUACAAUAACUUCAGGAUGCGGGUCACUUCUGGUUCAGGAAAAUCUGACUGGCAUCGAAUUGGGAAAGGAAUAAUCACAGGCUGUACCAUCUCUGUUAUCCUUUUCGCUCUUGCCAUGAACAUGGUGGUUAAGGCAGCUGAGGUGGAAUGCAGAGGGCCCCUAACCAAGUCAGGUGUACGACAGCCCCCCAUAAGAGCCUAUAUGGAUGACCUUACCAUCACAACGUCAUCGGUCCCAGGGAGCAGGUGGAUCUUAAAAGGUCUGGAGAAACUCAUCACCUGGGCAAGGAUGAGUUUUAAGCCUUCAAAGUCAAGGUCCAUGGUGCUGAAGAGGGGGAAAGUGGUUGACAAGUUCCGGUUUUCCAUCUCAGGGACGGCCAUCCCGACCAUCACUGAACAACCAGUUAAGAGUUUGGGGAAGUUUUUCGACUCAAGCCUAAAAGAUGCUGCUGCCAUCCAGAAGUCCAACAAAGAACUUGGAGUAUGGCUCACUAAGGUAGACAAGUCUGGUCUGCCGGGUAGAUUUAAAGCUUGGAUCUAUCAGCAUUCCAUCCUGCCUAGAGUCUUGUGGCCCUUGCUGGUCUAUGCAGUCCCAAUGACAACAGUAGAGUCCCUAGAAAAGAAGAUCAGUGGCUUUCUUCGGAGGUGGCUGGGCCUUCCACGGUGUCUUACCAGCUCGGCGUUGUAUGGGACAAGUAAUGUCCUGCAAUUGCCCUUCAGUGGCCUCACAGAAGAAUUUAUGGUGGUACGCACCAGGGAAGUCCUACAUUAUAGAGACUCCAGAGAUGGCAAGGUGUCAGCAGCGGGCAUUGAAGUGAGGACAGGAAGAAAAUGGAAGGCUGGAAAAGCAGUGGAGGAGGCAGAGUCACGUCUGAGACAAAAGGCACUGGUGGGCACCGUGGCAACAGGCAGAGCGGGCUUGGGCUACCUCCCAAAGACUGUGGUCAGCCAGGCCCAUGGCAAGGAAAGACACCGUCUACUCCAAGAAGAGGUCAGAGCAGGUGUGGAGGAAGAGCGAGCGAGCAGGUUGACGGGUCUUCGGCAGCAGGGAGCAUGGACUAGGUGGGAGAGUACACUGCAGCGCAGGAUUAGCUGGGCAGACAUCUUGCAGGCAGACUUCCAUCGGGUCCGUUUCCUGGUACAAGCUGUCUAUGAUGUCCUGCCAAGCCCAGCAAACCUCCAUGUCUGGGGAAAGAGUGAAAUGCCAUCCUGCCUCCUUUGCUCUGGGAGGGGCUCAUUAGAACAUCUCCUUAGCAGCUGCCCAAGGGCUCUGGCUGAUGGUCGCUACCGCUGGCGCCAUGACCAGGUGCUUAAAGCACUUGCUGAGAGUUUAGCCUCAGCCAUAAAAGCCAGCAAAAACCAGCGCGCUCCAAAGAAGGCAGUACCCUUCAUCAAAGCUGGGGAAAAACCUCAUGUGCGAAAACAAUUACCGACAAGCCUUCUCCACAGAGCCUUGGACUGGCAGCUGCAGGUUGACCUAGAAAAACAGCUAAGGUUCCCUCAGCACAUUGUGAGAACAAAUCUCCGCCCAGAUAUGUUAUUAAUCUCGGAGACUUCAAAACAUCUGAUCAUGCUGGAACUCACGGUGCCCUGGGAAGAGCGUAUGGAGGAAGCAAACGAGAGGAAACGCUCUAAGUACCAGGAACUGGUUGAGGGGUGCAGGGAAAGAGGCUGGAAAACAUUCUAUGAGCCUGUAGAAGUUGGCUGUAGAGGCUUUGCGGGACGUUCCCUUUGUAAAGUCCUCUGCCGUUUAGGUAUCACAGGGGCGGCCAAAAAGAGGGCCAUUCAAUCUGUGUGCGAAGCCGCAGAGAAGGCCACGAGGUGGCUGUGGAUGAAGAGGGCUGAUCCGUGGUCUGCUGCUGGGACGCAAGUCGGGGUCUGAUCAACCCCGGCUGGGUCGCCUGGGUGAGGGUGUAUGAUGUUGUGAGACCCGAAACACCCGAUGACCUCAGGAUACAUCACUGAGGAUGCGUCCCAGUGCAUCCAUG